AGGGCUUCUCCUGGGACCUGCCCAAGUGCACCUCCCCCACCCACAGAUCAGCCUGUGAUCUGGGAGGGCUCAGAACAGAAGGCAGCCACAAAACCACAAACCUUGGUUGUCCCCAAAGGAGCCAGCCUCUGGCCUUCCUCUGCCAAGGCCGUGGGCUUCAGACCCAGAGGGGCUAGUUAGUCAGUUAGUAUGAGCUUCCUACCCCUGGACAGGGAUUUCUGCCCACAGCCCCACUCCAGCUGGUUGGGGCUCUCCCAGGCCCGCUGCAAGGGGCAUUAGGACCCUGCUGGGCACAGGGGAGACUAACAGCUGGGAGAGCUGCCCCAGGCUCUUAGGAUCCAGGCUGGGGCUGAGAAAAGUGAGUCAAUCCAGUGGGGGCUCCUGGAAUCAGGAUCAGCAGCACAAGUUGGAGACACCCCACCCCUCAUGUCAUCUGGAGAGAAACUGGACCCACUUCCUGACACCUUCAUCCUGCAGCCGCCCGUCUUCCACCCGGUGGUUCCUUAUGUCACGACAAUUUUUGGUGGCCUGCGUGCGGGCAAGAUGGUCAUGCUACAGGGAGUGGUCCCUCGCAAUGCACACAGGUUCCAGGUGGACUUUCAGUGCGGCUGCACUGUGUAUCCCCGGCCAGAUAUCGCCAUCCACUUCAACCCUCGCUUCCACACCACCAAGCCCCACGUCAUCUGCAACACCCUGCACCAUGGGCACUGGCAGGUCGAGGCCCGAUGGCCCAACGUGGCCCUGCAGAGAGGCGACAGCUUCCUCAUCCUCUUUCUCUUUGAAAAUGAGCAGAUGAAGGUGAGCGUGAAUGGACACCACUUUCUCCACUACCGCUACCGGCUCCCACUGUCUCGGGUGGACACCCUGGGCAUAUUUGGUGACAUCUUGGUGAAGGCUGUUGGAUUCCUGAACAUCAACCCGUUCGUGGAGGGCGGCAGCGAGUAUCCGGUUGGACACCCUUUCCUGCCGAAGAGCCCCCAGCUGGAGGUGCCCUGCUCACGUGCCCUUCCGCGGGGUCUCUGGCCCGGACAGGUCAUCAUAGUGCGGGGGCUGGUCUUGCCAGAGCCAAAGGAUUUCACACUGAGCCUGCGGGACAAGGCCGCCCAUGUUCCUGUGACACUCAGGGCUCCCUUUGCAGACAGGACUCUGGCCUGGAUCUCGCCCUGGGCGGAGGAGCUGAUCUCGGCCCCCUUCCUCUUCUACCCCCAGCGAUUCUUCGAGGUGCUGCUCCUGUGCCAGGAGGGAGGGCUGAAGCUGGCGCUCAAUGGACAGGGCAUAGGGACCACCAGCCUGGACCAGCCAACCCUGGAGCGGCUGCGGGAGCUCCGGAUCAGUGGCAGCGUGCAGCUCUACUGUGUCCACCAUUGAGGAGGGAUCCAGAGGGCCUGACCAGGGAAGAAGAAGGCCAACCUAUGCCUGGAGCUACACAGUAUGGCCUGCCUCUCCUCCUCUCAUUAGACUGUCCACCUGUCACCACCAUGUCACGCCUGGCUCGCUCUGUGGCCAUGAGCCUAUGACUGCAGGAGUGUUGGGCCCCACAGCAGAGAGAAGGCACCAGGGUGCGAAGCCUCCUCAAACUCUGCCCCUCCCUCCACCAGGAACCUGAGAUGUGUCUCAUCUGCCUUCAGGACCUAGAGCAGGAGGCUGGUUUUGUAGCCCAACAAAGACACUCAAAAUACAGUGGCCUAAAGAAUUUAGACGUUUAUUUCAUUCUCAUCUAACAGUUUAGGAGAAAAUGGUCCAGGUCAGUGAGGCAGCUCUGCUCCCCAUGGACAUUCAGGGUCAUCCUGGUCAUCGUCCCGCCACUCCCAGAGCAUCAGCAUCAUCUCCCAGGCUGAUGCUCAGUGGCAGCCAUGUCUAGGUUCCAGCCACUGAGAAGGCAAAUAGGGAAUGUGGACAAGGCCCCUGAUUUCCUAAGCCCGGGGCCUGGGAUUGGCACACACUGUUUACACUCGCUCUCAGGGGUGAGCACGCAGUCACAGAGCCACGCUGUCUGCAAGGGAGACUGGCAAUGUUCUCUGGGGGGAGGGCGUGUGCCCAGUCACAGUUCUAUUACUGCGAUUCCUGGUAUCUUUGGG